AGUACGAAGUCUCUCCCUUUGUACACACAUUUUUCUUGCUGCUGGUAACAGUCUCAUGUUGACCCCAUGCUGCCCUUUUUUUCUCCAGGAGAGAAGACACUGGUUUUGUCGAAGAAUCUUCACAGCUCGGCACUAUUGAGGAACAGACUCUGUCUGGUUCUGGUGUAGUUGAGUCCAGUUCACUUCUGCUGCAGGAGACAGCUGGUGACUCCACAGUGCCAUUAGUGUCUGAAAUGAGAGAGAGCGGUUCUCUGGAGCUGGAACCCUCUGUGUCAGUAGUAACUCCGAAAGAACCAGAGAGAGCUGCCACCAUGCCCAUGGAGACCCUCAGAGCCCAGACUGUGCUGCAGGAGGGCAUGCUUGGCCGCAAACAUGAUGUGGAGGGCUCAGGGAAGAAGGCUUCAAAUAGGUCUUGGAACAACUUGUACUGUGUACUGAAGCCGGGUCAGCUCUCAGUCUAUAAGGACGCCAAGAGUUUUGGCCAUGGGGUGACGUUUCAUGGUGAGGACCCCUUGUCCCUAAAUAAUGCUAGUUGGGAGAUCCUAACCACCUACAAAAAGAAGAAGCACGUCUGCAAGCUACGACUUGGAGACGGCAGUGAAUAUCUUUUCCAGUGUAAAGACGAGGAGGAGCUCCAGCGUUGGAGCCAGGCCAUGGAGAAGGCCGUUCAGCCCCUGGCAGCGGAGGAGGCGUCAGGGCCCUCAGGGGCCAAAGCCCACAGCCUGCCCCCUCCCUCCUCCUCAACUGCCCUCCCUGAGCCCAGCUCUGCCAAGAAAGAAAAGGAGAAGAAGUUCAGUCGCUUUGCCAAGAAGAAGUGAAAGGAGAUGGGAAGGCCAUCGGGAGGGGAGGGGGGGUGUUGCCUUGGCAACCGGGAUGGAGAAAGUAGUAUUUGUGUACAAUCAGUCAAAGCAAGCUUUUUAAUCACUAGAAUUUUUUAUAUUAUUUUGCGAGAAUUAACAUAAUAAUGUAGUUUAGGGUAAAGCCAUCACUCUUUUGCCUGUAUUUAAGCCAGUGUAUCAUUGCAAACGUCCAGUUUUUUCUUUGUGUUCUUUUUAACAAAAUGCCAAAUUCAAAGAAUUAAAUUAAAGCACAGGAAUGCUCCUUUCACAUUCAACCAAAGAAUGUUUUUAAAACUUUUGUUUCUUUUGCUGCAAUGUUUGCUUUAGUACGGCAUGCUUUGAUAGAGCCAUGUACAAUAUGAAGGCCUGUAAUGAACAUAGGUGACUCAAGAGUACUGAGGAGUACUUGUAAUAAUCUGCCUUAUACAAUGGUUGUGAACUGAAAUACUGUGCUUUUUGAAUUUGGAGCUCUGAGCAUCUCUAAGCAUUCAUUUAUAGAACCAGAGUGAGUUAAAUGGCUUUGUAAAUGCGGUGUAAAGACUUGCAGUGCUGUACAGUGCACACACACACUAAGUGUAAUUGCAGGCAUGCAAACUAAAUGCUCUAUGCAGUGUGAA